AUGUACAGCAAGGGACGAGAUGCAUUGCGUAGGCUUGACAUGGUGUUGGCGUCGCUACGUCAGGGGGCUCUCAAGGAGACACGCGCAACACGUGAGGAGGUGAAACGUUCUUUGAUUCGCGAAGAUGUUCAUCGGCAGAAUGAGGAGCGUCGACAACAACAACAACAACAAUUGGGUAUAGAACGGGAAAUGUCUUCUUCCCCCUCCGUUGUGCGCGUUGGUGAUCCUUCCAUGGCUUCAGGGGGUUUUUCGACAUCCAGUUUGCUUGGUUGUGGUGGGAAUGACAAGAGCACUGGGAUGGGCGGAGCCAAAGGCCUUCCGGCGUGGUACGAUGAGGAUUACACGACAGCACCGAGGAGGGUAGAGAAAACGAAGAACGGCCGCGUUUCUACCGCCGACUGCGAUGAGAGAGAGAGCAGCAGUGGUGGUGGUGGUGAUGCAAAAUUGCAUGAUGAGGAGAGCGCCAUGGUCGUCGAUGUCACCCAACGUGUAUCGCAGGCCGAGCGCAAGCUUUAUCCCAUCCUUCUUGCCGAUGUGGCCGAGUGUGCCAGUGCGGAUGAGAAGAAUCGUGGGGGAAAUGCAUUAGAUGUGGGCGGCAGUGAAGUCAUCGAGUGGGACGAUCGUGGAGCUCCUGUGCGGCUGCGGAGUACGUGGAUGCCGGUCAGUCCACAGACACUUGUUCCUGUGUCAAGGACUGCGGACGAAAGUAAGGAGUCCGCGAGGAGCGACGUCAUGCACUCCGGACGCACCUCCGCAGCGACGACGACGACAACAACAACAACAAAGCAGACAAUUAGUUCCGACAAGAAGUUGUGCACUCAAUUGCACGAGUACGCUUGGAAGGAGGAUCCGCUGGCGCCAAUGCCCAUGGCAGGACGUCCGGCGGAAGAGGGCCCUUCUCCUCCUCCUGUGGGUUUGAGUGGCACAAGCGGCAGAGGGGCAGUGAAUCGCAUGCGGCAGGCGCUGCCUUUCUCUCCUAACCGGGGCAACAGCACACGUCGUCGCAACAGGCCGCCACUCUCCACGGAAGGUACGGCCGUCGCCGAAAGCAGUGCCAGUGCCAUCGCAAGGCAAAUCCGUCAGGCUGUGGUGAAGCAGCCAACGGCCAGCGUUGACAUGAAUAAAAAGAAAGCCGGGAGUGAAAGUUUUUCCUCUUUUCCGGUGGUUCACGGCAGUAGCGGUCGCUGCUCCGUGUUGUAUGAGCCAGACGAGGCGGAGUGUGUCAUCACACACGUGCUGAAUCCGGUCACGGCAUUCUUCUGUACAUCCUGCGGGGCCUGUGUCGCGCGAGAAAUUGUGACAGGUGAACCGAACAGCUGCACCGCGUGUGGUGAACCCUUUGAGGCGCUCCCACCACUACCAUCGCCACGCCUGAAUGGAUGCCUCCUGGACACGGUUGUGACGGAGACCAAAAAUGUUGUUUCUUUGCGGGAAGAGGGUGUGCCAGCAGGAAUCUCGGCUUCAGUGAAGAAGUGCACGGCGACAACUUCAACCAUGACAACAACAACAACAACAACAACAAGCACCACCACAAGAGACAUCAGCACGAUGCCCAUGACAGCGAAGGUGACUGCAGGGACGCAGGCCGGCACCAGUUGGAGUAUGCCCCCUCUCGCUGCGACUGCCGUGCAGGGGCUUUAUUUCCUGCACCUAUGGGAUCAAGCAACUGCUCUCCAUCACAAAUGA